ACCUGCUCUACCAUUAUUUCUUUCUUUCUUUCUUUUGUGGCUCUAGAUUUGCAUCUCGGUUUAUCUGAAUUCGACAACCCCCCCAUAGAACACGAUGAAGAAAUUCGGCUUCGGCAAGAAAGGCGACGACGGCGACGACACCAACCGAAAUGCCCUUUUUGGCAGCCGCAAGAAGAACUCGACGCCCACUCCCUCGGAAAACCCAUAUGCCAACCAAGGAGGCAACGAUCCAUAUGCUGAGCAAACCAAAUACGCAAACAUGGGCGCCCGUCCGUCACCGCCUGCAAAUGGCGGCUACAGCCCAUACCAAGGAGGACAGAGCCCGGCCCCUCAGCAGCCUGCCGCCUCAGGGUACGGCAGCGAUCGAUACGGCUCAGGUGGUGGCUACGGCUCCAACCGCUACGACAGCGGCCCUGGCUCAAACCACAACAAUGCUCCGGCAGCGGGGGCUAGAGGCCCUGGAGGCUACGGAGGCUUUGGCCGUGAUGCGCCAGACAGCAACAGAGACGCCCUCUUCGCCGGCGCACAGGAGCGGCUCGAGCAAAAGCAGCAGCAGGCUACAGCGCCUGGGGCUGAUUCACAGUCGGGUGGCUCCUAUGGAGGCUAUGGCGAGCAGCGGGAAUUGACAGAAGAAGAACAGGAGGAGGCUGACUAUCAGGCUAUUCUGACUGAAAAGAGACAGGUUCAGCAGGACAGUGUUGCUUCAGUGAGCCGCUCGGUGCAAAUGGCCAGACAAGCCAACGAGGUCGGACGUGCUACUUUGGCCCGUCUUGGCGCACAGGGAGAACGGUUGCAUAACACGGAAAAGAACCUCGACCUUGCCGCCAACCAAAAUAAGAUUGCUCAGGACAGAGCAGCCGAGUUGAAGACGCUUAAUCGCAGCAUGUUUGCCGUCCACGUUGGAAACCCAUUCACGUCCAAGCAGCGCCAGCAGAAGGCCGAUGAGGAUGUAAUGAACCGCCAUCGGGCUGAGCGAGAGCAGCGAGAGAUGACUCGGCGAGACGGCUACGCUGCCACCCAGCGCAUGGAGCAGAACAUGCGCCAGAUUGGCAAUACAGGGGGGAACCGGGCAAACCGCAAGAAGGAUUACGGAAAAUUCAAUCUGGACGACGAAGAGGGCGCUGACGAACUCGAGGAUCAAAUCGAUGAUGGGCUCACCGAACUCGAGGGACAAGUCAAGAUGAUGAACAUGGUCGGCCGAGCCAUUGGCGCAGAGGUGGACGUCCAAAACAAGCAAAUCGAUCGUAUUAUGAAUAAGAGUGACGCAGUUGAUGAUGCUACAAGAAUGAAUAGAGAACGGUUGGCCCGUAUCAGGUAAAGCGAUGAAUAGAAUUUCGGUCUUAUAGACUGCUGGGUUUUGCGUGUGUGUGUUUUCAUAAUAUGGUGUAUUUCAUUUAUUAUAUAUCUUAGUAGCUAUAUAUAUUACAUGAAACGUUUAAUAUUGCUCGUCGUGCAACGCCUCUCGUACUAUCACGCAGCAACGCAGUCCAUCUUCAUUUCCAAUUGCAAGGGGCUUUUGACAAGGCUUAGCUAAUUCCUCCC